AUGAUUGAGAUGGAGGCCAAGGUGGAGCUUCGUGUGGCGGGUGUCGAAAAACAGGUGGUGGAAGCUCAGGAGAGGUCCGCGGUGCUCGAAACCAAGGUGGAGCAGCUGGAAGCAGCGCUCAAGGAUCUCACGCAAAUGGUCAAGAGUGGGCAGGGCCCUCGCAAUCUCGGCGAUGACGUAGAGCGAAGGCGCUCCACUUUGGUCUUUGGGGGCUGGCCGAAGGAUAGCCGCCGGGUCGACAUCCUCGCAGACUUGAAGGAAGCACUGCCCAAACUCGGGCUGGCGACGGAGUGUGACGAGAGUCCGUUCUGCACGGGGCCGAGGCGGUCCAUUGCUUUGCUCUCGGUGCCGCUGAGGGCUAUGGAGACUGAGCAGGGGCGCAGGGCAAGGAUGUUCAAGUUCGUGUCGGCCUUCCAAGGGCAUGAAGUCUCCUCUAAGAGUGGGACGAAGCUGUGGUGCAACUUCAGCAAAUCUCCGAAGGAACGGGCCAUUGCAGCUCAUGCCUCUCUGGUGAAAAGGGUUGUGGCACACUUCGAUGGCGAGAUUGCUGCGAACCAGCUUGACUUUGAAUACCGCACGGGUUCGGUGUGGGGGCCGCAGGCGAUGAUGGCGAGUGCGUUGCUUCCCCAUCCUCCUGGAGUGGCAGCUAAACACAUUCUAGUGGACGAGGACUCAGACCACAAGCAUUGGAUUGAUGUGUCCCAGGUUGCGAAGCUGGUCAAUAAGACUGCCAAGCAGAUCAGGGACGUCUAUGGAUGGAAUGUUGGAGGGGCGGAUAUCUCGGAUCUCGCCAAGGCUGUGUGUGAAGGCAUCAAGAGGCCUAUGGAUCCUGAUGCUGUCGUGAUCCUGCAGGAGCUCCCUCGUGGAGCCUCGGGCUGGUGCUCGGAAAAGCAAGGGUUGUUGGAAGUUGUCUCGCAUCGCUCUGAGACGGCAUGGCGUGGUACAGGCCUCGCCUACCGGACAGACUCGUGGAGUGUGGUACGGAGAGUUGCUCGGGCUAGAGGGUGUUGGAUCUUACUCAAGCACCUCAAGCAUGGGACCUCCUUGUGGUGUGCUACUGCUCACUUUACUCCAGGGUGCACGCAGGCCCAGUAUGAAGGUGAGGUCACGAACUUCUUCGAGGGCAUGCCCAAAGGGUCGGUUCCUGUGGUGUGCCAGUUUGAUGCGAAUGCUCCCAUCUCCUGGAAUCAGUUCGAUGGUGCAGUCCUGGCAGUGGGAAGGGAUGGCAAAGCGAAUGAGGCCUUGGGGCAGGUGGAAUCGAGAGGGCUCUCUAUGAUCCCGCCCGGGCCUUCUCAGUUUCAGACGCCCACCAGCCGUCCUAGGCAAGAGGGUCGCCGAGGGAGCAUCAUUGACUACAUGGCUACCAGAGGAGUGAGACGAGCGAGGGAGACUGUGCAUGUCGAUUCAUGUCAUGUGCUGGGAACAGAUCACGAGCUUCUUCAAGGGGAACUUGAGCUGUCUAAGGGUGAAGCUACAAGGCGGGCUCCGACAGCUCCAAGGGUGUGGAGGGGUGGUGUUACUCUCAUCGAGCACCUGGAUCAGCCCACGCUGGUUCAUUUAGCCAGGAGGUGUACCGUGCCGGCAAAAGGCAGGGGAUACAAGGACCCUCGGGAAGUCAAGGAAGCUGUUGCUAGGGCGAGACUGUUGAGGACUAAGGCAUCGUGGUGUGCAGUUCGUUCUCUUCGAAAAAAUGCACGCAAAGUGUGGGAGACCCAGAGGGUUGAACGGGCCAGCCAGGGUGAUUGGGGGGCCUUCAGGGAUGUCAAGCCGAAGAUUCAAUCAGGAUGGCAGCACUCUUUCGCGAAUGCACAGGUCCUUGACCCCCACACGGUUAUCCACGAUCACCUUCAGUCGGUCUACCAGGGCAGGGGUGUGAAGCCGAACAAAGGGGUCUACGAAGGGGAAGUGACCGCUUUCAGCGAAGAAGAACUGCGGGUGGCUCUUUCUCAGAUGAAGCGAUGCAAAUCGGUUGGGGUUGACGGUACGUCGACGGAAUUGUUGCAAGCCUUGGUGGAAGUGGAUGGCGGAUGCACCCACCUUCUAGAAUUUAUGAACAGAACUUUGGCCACGCAACAGAUUCCGAAAGACUGGAAUACACCACUCAUGGUUUUGCUGCCCAAGAUCCUCGAACCCUUGGACGGCCAUGCCCUCCUGCAGUCUCCGUGGGGUUCGUCUAUGGUGGAGAUGACACAAGGGAUAAAGCAGGGGGCAGUCGAGUCUCCGGGGUUCUUCUCGAUGAUCGCUGAAGUAUGCUUCCAGGAGGCGGGUGCCCGCUUCGGAUGGGAUAAACUGCCAUCGGCCUUUGAGGGAUUGCCCUUCCACGAUGUCUUGUUCAUGGAUGAUGGCUUCAUGUGGUCCUCCGGGGUCCAAGGGGUACAGCAAAAAGUGAGGCAGCUUAUGGUGGUGCUCGAGGAAUUUGGACUCAAGCUCAAUGGGUCUAAGUGCCAGCUCUUGUGCUCUCCCCACUGGAAAGGGGAAAAGGCUAUCUGGAUUGCAGGGUCUAGGGUUGAGGCUUCCCCGGAGGUGGAGGUCAUGGGACUGCCGAUGAGAGUUGGUAUGACGAUGUCGGAACUGGUGGCGCCGCUGGUGGCUCGGGCUCGAUCGAAGUUCUGGAGUAUGCACCAUGUGUUUCGCUCAAAAACGAGUCUUAAGGGCAGGCUGCAAACACUGGCGACGGCGGUUGGGAACGCGGCUCUGUGGUGCCUUUCCUCUUUCCCACCCGAAAAGCCUGCCAUGGGAAUGCUGAAUACCAUGCAGAUGCAGCUCACCAUAUGGGCCAUGCGACUGUCGAGACGUGUGGGCGAAAGUAUGGGAGAUGGUGGCGGUAUGCUGGCCACCGAUCGCGAUGCUUACUCCGGGAAUUUCCACCAGUCAGUGCACACGUGGAUGCCUUUCGAACCCUCGAAUGGACUCGUAGUGGUGCAAUGCUUCAAACCUGCGCCUCCUCGAGAUCUGCCACCUGAUUUUCCCGACCUUGACCGACUUGGACCUGGACUGCCUGCCGGAGCUGAUCGAAAGCUGUACCCAGUGCCCAUCCCGGAUUACCGCAUGGACGAAGCCCCUGAAGGGAGGAAUCGAGUUGCUGAGCAGGGCAGUGGGAUUGCUUGGGAUGAUGCGGGGCGAGAUGGUGACGAUUCUCCGCUUUAUGACGAUGCUCGGCGAAUGCGGUACCCCCGGGACAUCCCCGUGGGCACGACCGACAGGAUCGCCUUCGGGACCCCCUUUGACGGUGUGAUCUUUAUGCAGAGCUCCUCGGGGGCUGCACCGGCCCGGGGCACGAGAAAGCGAGCGGACCGACCUUGUGAAGAAUGGGUGGACGAUGUGACUGCAGACUUCAGGCAGCUGGUUGACCAAGGGCAGGGGAGAAUGGCUCGAAGGUCGCUGAUGAUGGCGCUGCAAAGGCGAUGUCACGCCACGCCUACGGAUUUGGCGGGGGAGGUGCUUGGGGAAACCUUGGCAGAUGAUAGCCCUCUGCCAAUGAGGGCGAGGAGGUACCCAGUGGACAUGGAGAGCUGGGUGCACAGGGUUACCCAGGAGCUGGAAAGGUGUGCUCGGGAAUGCAUCCUAAGGCGACCACGGCUGGAGCUGCCUGCGAACCCGCCUGACCCAGAGCGCCCCUUUGGCAUCUUUCAUCCGGCCCAUGUGUGGAGGGAUGGAACCUACUCCACUGCUGAGGACUUGAGGAGAAUGGCGAGAGAGGACCUGCUUGCUCGAAACCAAGGGCUACCUGCUGAUGGUGUGGACGAGGCUGGGGAGGAGGGUGAGCCGGACGAGGGAGCUUUGUUCCAGACUGGUAUGGACCCCAGGCCCACCCGGCGGUGGGAGGACCUCAUUGAGCAGUUCUGGGUAUGGUGGGAAGAGGAGAGGGCGACCGGCAUCGCAAUCAUGAUGCUCCGGAGACUGGCACAGUCUAGAGCCGAUGCUGCCUAUAGAAGAUGGGUGAUUCGGCCCUGUAACACCCUGGGAGCUGGGAUCCCCAACAGUGCUGGUGAAACGGAGGACACGUCGCCAGCAGACUUCAUGCAGUGGGCGAUUGAGGCUGAGGAAACCCUCUACGCCAUCUUCAACCGAGAGACCGAUGAUGAAGGGGAACAAGAUGGGGAUGCCACGGGUUUCAUGGAACGAGAGCGGGGGCGAAGGGGCGGAGAACGGCAUCGAGGACGUGGCAGAUCCAGAUCUAUGACCAGGCAUGCAGCGGACCGGGACCGUCCAAGGGGGCGAGAGCGUGGAAGGGAUGAGCCGGAUCGGGGCGGACUGCUGGCAGGCCUCGACCUGCUCCGAGCUCAGGUUCUCGUGGAGAUGGCAGUGGAGGUGGGAGAUGGAGGAGUUCAUGCUGGGGAGCCCAGGUUUGAUGAUUUCAAUGCCACCAUGCUGUUCUUCCCGACGGGGCCUCACGACUCGGAUGCUGGUGUGGAUAUAUGGAGGUAUCUGUUGGGCAUUGGCACCUCAGACCUCCCGCGAGGGCGCGAAGUCAUUGGUGCAGGGGGGCCCCUCAUCCCUGACAAUAGGGCCGAUUGGAUGGUGGAAGUGCUCAGGGAGUACACCACCCAGCAACAGAUGCUCAUGACCAUCGCCCUGGUGACCACGGUCAGGGCUCUCCUCACUGAGCUGGGACAAAUCAUGCACCAGGCCUCUUUGGUGGAGGUUAACUUGGACGAAGAGCCGGCUGGAGAGCGAGGGCGAGAAGGGCACGAUGGGGAUGAAGAAGACACGGGGCUGAUGCAGCUUGGAGCGGUGAUGCUUGUCCACGGAGGAUACACGGUGACGUAUGGGAUCAUGCAAUCCUUACAGAAGGAACUGGAAGGUCCUUCGCCGGGCCUUGCCAGGCUGCGGGCUCUCAAUAUGCGCAAGCAGCUACGGGAGCUGCGGGCGGUCGCCAAGGUGGAGGAGCGUGAGCUGGCUGACCAACUGGACGCCCUCUGCGUGGUCACUGCUGAGGCUGGGAAAGGGCAUACCCACGAUGGCUUCCUGGCAUCUGAGGAGCAGCUGAACGCCUGGACGUGGGCUUGGUUCCUGAAACUGGUGCCUAAGCUCAAGUUGAGGGGUCGCAGAGCAAGUGGCUCUGGAGACCCAAUCCCACCCGUGCCGGUGGUGGGGGACUCGCAGUCAAGUACGGCUCGCUCGCAAUCUACGAUUUGCCCGACCCUUGUGGCCUUGGGAGAGCAUGAGCAGUUCCACGAGCGCCGGGAUGCCCGAAGUCUUGAGGAAGCCCAGGCGAGGUACGAGGAGGAGGAGGACCAGUUCUACAAAGGGGUUGAGAAAGCGGUUGAAGAGCACAUGAGGAUCGAAGAGAGCCGCAAUUAUCAGGCGUGGGAGGACUGGGCGAUGCAUGACGAGAUGAACGGUCCGAGGGCGAGAGCUAAGAGAAGACGAUUGCAGCUGGAGGUGACGGUCGGGCCAAGACCAGGUCAACCGGGGACGGCACAGACGAUUCGGGUGCCAUGGACUUCUGAUGGAUCGCAGGUGAUGAUCACAAUGCAGACCAAGGUGGAGUCAGGCGACGAGGACGAGGAGGACGCAACUACGGUCAAGGCUUCGCCCCACAAGGAGGAGGGUGAUGCUGUGAUCCCGAUGGAGUUUGGGGAGUUCAUGGACCUGUUCGAGAAAUGGUCCCAGGGUGAGAUCACAAGUGAUUCGGUGAGGCAACAGUUUGGAAGUGCAACACUCGACAUGUUGGAAACCCAGCUUGUGGUGAAAGAGGGCGCCUUGGAAGAGGGGGAGCGCGAAGGUACUCUUGCAGCAGCACCUGGAGGUGUUGGGCCUGUGUCGGAUGGGCAAACUGGGCAUGGUGGUGAGGUUCGUGGCUCAUCGUCGGUGCCUUCGGGAUCCUUGCUGGAGAUGCUGGGGCUCAACGCCUCGCAGAGGGCAGAUACCAUGCUUGAUGCUGUGCUUUCGUGUACGCCUGGGGAGAGUGCUGAGACGUUGCAGCUGGGUGACAUGCAGAUGGGUGCUGAAGAUGGUACGGACGAGAUUGCUGGGGUCGGGGAAGGCACAAAGGCUCUGGAGAAUGAGAUGGAGCAUGGAAUGGCCGCCGAGGAGCCUGCGGGGGUGGCCGGGACCGGGAGCAGCGGCGAAAGCCAAAGUGCUGGCGAAGACGAGGGCGACGCUGCAGCUGCCGGCACUGCACCGAAGGAGACUCCGCAGGAAGAAGCGGCCUCCCCUGCCUCCCCUGCCUCCGGGGCGAGUCCGGCGAAUCAGGACGGAAUGCGCAGCUUUCCUCCCCAGUGGCCGGGCACAGCGACGGAGAUUCUCGCGAAGCCGGUGCAGAGCCAGACCUUCGUGAAAGAAAGCCAGGCGGAGCGAGCCGCUGGCAAGAAACCCGUCUGCCUGAGCCCGUGCUGUACAAGCUUCCCUUGCUGCACGGCGCACUGUCCGAUUACCUUCUGUUUGCUGGUCUUUCUGGGCAUGUUUACAACCUUUGGGGUCUUCUGGCGGGAGCUGGCGGGCAUCAACAUCGUCACAGACACCUCUGUGUUCCUGGAGGCAGACAGCCGCUCCAAUGCUAUCCGGGCUGCAUAUCUGCAGGCCCGGCCCGCGGCACAAAGCCGCGAUCUCCACGAAGUCGAUUUGGUGUGCGAGUGCGGGAUGUUCGUCAGCUUCUGA